AUGGCUAGGCUGCGGAUAGCCAAUUUCUUAUUUUUAGCAACUUUUACCAUAUUUUCGGGAAGGAUAGGCGGAGCGCAAGACCCCACGCUAUCUGCAACUGUCCUUGGCGGUGAUUUGGAACCAUUCGAUAUCCCGUUGGAGGAGUUGGAGAAGGAUACGAAGCAAGUGACAACGUUGUCAGAGCAGUGCAAACGAUUUGUGAAUCAUUAUAGAUACUACUGUCGCUCCUCCAAUAUUGCCACGUAUAAUGAAGAAGUGCGUAUCAUUUGUGAACGCUACCGUACUUAUUGCUCGGAUCGAGUCUACCCAUCAAUUAAUCACAUCCGCCGCCAAACCAAAUUCUGGGAAGGCGCCGGGGUGCCGAAAGCAACAAUCAAGGCGAUGUCGACAUGUUACUCACAUUGUAAGGAGACGGAUCCGGUAUGCGUCAACGCUUGUGAGUGUCUUCACCUCCAAUGGAUGAUGAACUACGAGUGCUACCCGGGAACCCGUGCACCUGCAUACAAUAACUGUCAGAGAUGGGCGGCGAAGUGUCGAUUCGUGUGGAAGCCACGUCAGGACUACACACCGGCGGACUAUAGGGAUAUGGCACCACCGCCGAUUGUUAGAGGAGUUUUCUAUGGAUAUGAUGGAUUGGCCACACAUCGAACAUUCGACCGUCCGCGUGAUCACGGAGUCUCCUUCUUUCGUGGAACGAAUACAGUACUCGUCGAUUGGCCGGAAGGAAAAGUGGCCGGAGGAACGACUAUCGAAGUACCAUUUGCUGGUGUCAAUGUUAUUCCCAACCAGUAUAAUAUUGGUUUCCCGAAUAUGCAGAGAGCGAUGAGGGAGUUUACAAAACAAAACCCGGAUCAGUUGAACCCGGGAACUGGUCGAAUGUCAGCGUUGAGUCUGAUGUCGAGGAGUCGUCGAUAA